AUGGCGCUAGCCAGGGACCCAAGCUGCCUGCCCUGGGGAUCAUUUUCACCAUGUUUUCUUUCCCGCACACACUGCACGCACCCAGACGUGCCAGACAAGAAGGAGGAGAUGGACACCAGGGCUUUGGGCAGCAAAUCGAGCCGUGUGUACGCAGGACCCGUUUCUCUGGAUUCCGCAGAUCUCAUGUUGCAGGGGCUCUGCCUUACCGAAUCGAUGCUGAGGACGCUUGCGACGAAAACAGCAAUGGUAAACGAGAACGACAAGGAAGUCCAGACCCGAAACGGCAUGGGGCGGGCUGUCUUGUCCUACUCCUGUCCUGUACCUAUUCCUCUGAAGCACGAUGAGCUCGCCACCACCAGUUCGCUGCCAGUUGGCAGUUACCAGUGUCUCUUCGAUUUGGGGGCCAGGACCAGAACCACAGACGGAGCCUUCCGCCUCAAAGCUUCGCCAGAGGGCCCAGGGCCAUGGAUAGAAAACGAUGGAGAGGAGCAAUAUACAGUCUUUGGUAUGAGAGGCAUGACAUAUGUGCCCAUACCCCCGUCCAUGACAAGUUCACAAUCGAAUGUGUCCACUAUCCAGUGUCACGAACAAGAAGAGCAAGAGGAGAAAAGACACAGAAAUGAAAGGAGUGGGGCUCUUGAGAGUGCAAGAUGUGGAGACGGCACAAAAGUUUUGGUCGAGGCAGCGAGAAAGAAUGAAAGAAACGUCUCCACCACGCGUCAAAUCAAGGUUUCUAUCUUUAACCCCAAACGAGAUAAACUCCGAACACACGCAGCACAAGCGUCCCCCCUACCGUCUACGUCUACAGAUACCUACCUGCCUCCAGGGCUCACACUACGAAAGAAAAGAGCGGGGACCGCAAGGCACACAUUCCCUCCGCUGCUUCAUGCUCCCAGAGAAAGCCUCGCCUACUGCACCAGAUACAUUGCACCGCGACCUUGCCUACCCUCACAGUACAACACUACACUACAACAGUGGACAGUGAUGAUCCAGGCAAGUCAGGUUGCUGUCCUCUACAAUGGAUCUGGAGAUACCCCCCAGGCGCUAUGGCAUGGCACUCGAAGCCGCUUGCUAACGAGACCCGGACAAGCUAUGCAUGUCUAUGCUUUGCACGGCCAGAUUUCUGAAAGGUAA